GUGGACGCACCCCCGGACCAUACGGUAGAAUGUAUAUAAUGACCAUGGCGGCGCAUCUGCCGACAGUUCCAUACAGUAUCGAACGUUGCUUUUGCGACAUCUCUCUUGAGUCUCUACUUUGCACUUCUCCCUCGUCCUUCUCAUGGAUUUGUACUUAAUCUCAGAGGCAGGACAAGUCUCUCCGCUUCAGGUGACCAACUUUCCUGCAAUCUCCGGCGGCCUCCCUACGCGCCCCGACCUCGCCCCGUCCAUCGUAUUCAUCGUUGCCUACUUCCUGCUUUUGUUCCCAACAAUCUGGCGCGCCUACACCUACCGUCGUCCGCGCAUGCUCCUCUUCACAUUCAUCCGACUAGUCCUCUUCCUCGUCAUCCGUAUUGCAACCUUUGCCCUGAGAGCAGAUGAGGCCGUCACCGCUGAGCUGCCGUUCAAUCCCCUCCCCAGCUUGAACAUCUUCAUCGCCGAGCAGAUUCUCCUCGGCGUAGGCUUCAUCGUCAUGCUCGACCUCAUGGUCGUCUUCCUCCAGAGUCAUAUCUCAAGAACGGAUGUGCCACUCGAAGACGAGACAGAGUUUGCGCAGGCGAACCGAGCUCCUAUACUACGAUAUUUCAUCACCAUCUUGCAUGCUUCUCUCAUAGCAGCCAUUGCAAUGGGAAUCGUGGCAGGGGCGAUGUACUCCUCCGCAGUGAGCAACCCGUCGAAAAACGACACUGUGAAAGCACUGCGUAUCGCCUCCACCUCCAUCGCCCUCAUCGUCGUCGGCUUCAUCGUGAUCAUAUCCCUUCUCCUACUUAUUAGGUUCCCCCACCUGGGCGUGCAACGCACGCUGUACCUUUUCAUCACUGGCGGGUUGCUGCUCGUCAUCCCCGCAUUCAGGCUCUCGACCUCCGUGGCGACGCACACGAGCCUCACGGACCUGAUAAGCACCGCUACACGUGUCAAGUUCUAUAUCCUGCAGGCGAUGGUAGAAUGGAUCGUCGCUGCCUUGCUGGUGCUCGUAGACGUCAGAGUAUGGUUCUUUGCCGGUGGACAGGAGGCAAAGAUGAUGCUCGACGGGACGCAUCCCAAAGAAUGGCGGCAGCGGGUCAAGACCGAUUCCCCGUCCGCAGAGGUGGAGGCCAAGUUUAACCCUGUGUAGUGAUAUUUUGUCUAGGGGGUUGAUAAUGUAGAGGACUUCGAGCAUAA